GCUGGACUUUGUUUGUACGUUGGUAAUACAUUGAGAACAAAUUAAAUAACAUGGAUAGUCUUUGAGAGAUAGUCCUGUAAUUACAAAUUUGUCUUAUACAAGCUAAUCUUAUUUUAUAACACUGAAAAUGAUUUCUGGUUCUUGGAGCACAUGUAUUUGCAUUAAAAUGCAAAUACAAUACAUGACAAUAUCUUUCUAGCGUUCUCUGUUCUCUGGCUCUUCAAAAAAAAAAAAAGAGAAAUGUCUGUUUGAAGGUCUCCCAGAGAAAAUUAUGUAUAUAUUUUGCUUGUAAUUUUUUACAAUGUGAGUCUACAUUGUGAUAUGUAACCAAGUUAAAUUGCAAAGAAAAGGAAAACAGGAAACACAAUGGCAUCAAUACAUUAAAAAAACACAGCAAAACACCCACUAAAAAAUAAUAAUGACAAAAAAAAGUAUAGACAUAUAUAAAUAAAUGUGCACCCUUUAUUUGGUGCCUGUUAUUUUUAAUUAUUCUGAUUUCAAAUUUUAUUGUAAAAUGUUAUCAAUAUAGACAGGAUUAAGUUAAUCUUGCACGAUUAGCUCAAGAAGGCUGCUACAGUUACAGACCAGGCAUACUGGUUAAUUUAACCUAAAUGAAGACUUUUUGGGAUGGAUGAAAUGUGUACUGUUGCCUUGUAUUAUACCUCUACUCUGAGACAAAUUUAAUAAGGAAAAAUAUGCCGGUACAGUACUUGGGAUGUAGUCAUAUGAAGACAGACUUUUUGCGAUCACUAUAGAAAUUUUAGUGAACCACUACUAUGGAAUACAUGUGAUUGGACUGUAAAGAAACCCACCUCUAUAGAGAUGCAUGUUGUUGUAGUGCAUUUUAUUUUUGUCACUUCAGAAGUAAAUCCCUUAUUUAUUAUCAGUGGAGCAGUUACAUUCUCUAGUAAUGUUACAGUAGUCUCUGAUUUAAAUAAAAAACAUGACUUUCCCCCUUAAACCGGUGGAAAUUAGGACCCAGGGAAGUCUGGCCUCUGGAAGUGGGACAGUGGAGUGUGUGUCUAUUUGAAAGCAAAAAAAAAAAAAAAAACACUACACAAUACAAUGUGUGACAGUCACUGCCAUACACAGAAUAGGACAGGAAUGAGAGUGUUACUAAAGGAGAGAGAGGAAGCAUAAUUCACCAUCUUAUAGCAUCAUGGAAUCGGUGAUCAGCACUUCUUUAAUUGGAGAUAUACAUGUGCGAUAAGUCUGGACCUCUGGAGCCUCUUUACAGAAGAACCAAACCACAGACAGUGUGUUGAGUUAACUCAAUUUCAUUACAUGGAUUUUCAGUUUCAGGACUGACUAUUUUACCUUUUGAAAAAGUACAGCUGGGCUUCCUCUUUUUUUGGUCACAAAAAACAUAUGUGGGAUUUCAACAGGAGCUUCUUCAAGUCAGACGCUGGGUUAACCUGUUUGGUCUGAACUGACUGAACCACACAAACGGAGAGUGGAUCAUGGCACAGGAUAUCCACAUAUGAAGACACCUGAAAUCCAAAUGGAGGAAGUUGUAAAUGAAUAAUGGCCGACAAGACUGGUCCCAUGAUAGCUUCUGUUCCAAAUCACCCAGUGACCAAUCUCACCACUGCCCUAUGGGAGCCCAAUCCUACGGUUCCUGCCGCUGUGGGCGUCGUCACGAGCUCCCAGUCACAGAUCAAAGACCUUUUUGGGUUGUUCUGCAUGGUGACGCUUAACCUCAUUGCUUUGUUGGCCAACACUGGUGUGAUGGUGGCCAUUGCCCGUGCUCCUCACCUGAAGAGGUUUGCUUUUGUGUGUCACCUUUGUGCAGUGGACCUACUGUGUGCCAUCCUCCUCAUGCCUUUGGGUAUCAUAUCCAGCUCACCGUUCUUUGGCACUGUGGUGUUUACUGUUCUGGAGUGUCAGGUUUACAUCUUUCUCAAUGUUUUCCUCAUCUGUCUGUCCAUUCUAACCAUCACAGCCAUCAGUGUGGAGCGUUACUUCUAUAUCGUACACCCCAUGCGUUAUGAGGUCAAGAUGACCAUCAACCUUGCUAUUGUUGUCAUGGUCCUAAUUUGGGUGAAGUCAGUCCUGUUAGCUUUGGUCACGCUGUUUGGAUGGCCAGCUUAUGGACAUCAGAGCUCAAUAGCUGCAGCUCACUGCUCUCUCCACGCGAGCCACAGUCGUCUAAGAAGUGUGUUUGCUGUGCUCUUCACUGUGGUCUGUUUCCUGGUUCCUGCGGUGGUUAUCUUUGCUGUUUACUGUGCCGUGUAUAAGGUAGCUCGUUCUGCAGCCCUGCAGCAGGUCCCUGCUGUGCCAACGUGGGCUAAUGCAAGCCCUGCUAAAGAUCGCUCAGAUUCCAUCAACAGCCAGACCACCAUGAUCACCACCACCCGUACUCUGCCCCAGAGACUUUCUCCAGAGAGGGCCUUCAGUGGAGGCAAGGCUGCCCUUACUUUGGUGUUCAUUGUGGGUCAGUUCUUGGUUUGCUGGUUGCCCUUCUUCAUCUUUCACCUGCAAAUGUCGCUGACUGGCUCCAUGCAGAGCCCUGGGGACUUAGAGGAGGCAGUUACCUGGCUGGCCUACUCCUCCUUUGCAGUUAAUCCGUUCUUCUACGGCCUGUUGAACAGGCAAAUCAGAGAAGAGUUAGUAAAGUUUAGACGCUGCUGCUUAACCCAGCCGGCGGAGUUUGGGGCAUCCAGCCAUGAGGGUUCCCUCCAGGAGAACUUCCUCCAGUUCAUCCAGAGAACCAGUAGCACAGCUGAAACCCUAUCCGGAUGUGCUAACUCCCAUCCCAGAAACACUACAGACCAGGGGAUAAAGAUCCCUGGACAAAUACCCGAGGAGCAUGCUUAGACCUUGACCAACAUGAGUUUUGGACUACAGUGCUAAUAUAUGGGCCAUGACAGUUUGUGGACCAUUUCUUUUUAAGGGAUACACUCACAUUUUACUGUAUACCGUAAAACAAUACUGACUGUCCAUAUAUACACAGAAACAAUCAUUGACUGCUGUAAUUAUUCCUGCUGUUCAGGCAACAAGAAAAAUAAUUUAAAGAAAAUUCAAUGUCAGUGAUGGGGUACAAAUUCUACAGUCAUUGUCCAAUGCAAAAAUCCCCACCUGAUUUGGAUAACUCAGCCUUGUAUUAUCUUCAGCUGAAUUUAAGGAUUUUUUUUCUUUGCAGGAAACAAUAACAGUGGAUUUUGUCUCCUGACACAAAGGUAUCUCUUUGUGGCCAGUAUGACAAGAGGAACAAUUACAGCAACCAAUAAUCCUUCUAAUUUACUUAAGGACAUGUUUGUAUUGUUUUAGGGUGAGCUUGAAAAAUGUGUGCCUAUCUUUUAAGUACAUAUUCAAUACCCAGUGCCUUUUAUUGUCUAAUUCAGGUAGGCCUUUUCAUUUUAGGUCAAGGGGCUGUACUGUAACGUGAAAUACAGAAAAAAAAAUGUGCAUACUUUCCUUACGAUAUUACAGUUGACCUGCUUUUAAUGAUGUUUGUAGAAAUGUUUUAUUAUGUUUAUAAAUGUAAAAAGUCUCGAGUGUAAUUACAAUAACAAGGACAUGAUUGAAUGGAUGUUUAAAUGUAAUAUUGUAUUUAAUAAGGAACCAUUUAUAUACCAUAUGAAUAUGGGUUGGUUCCACUGUCAUUUUUUCAUGUCAAUAACAAAAUGUAUAUCAGUGACUGACUCUUUUGAACUUUGUAAAGUAUUUGAUGAUGUAAAUGUAAGGAAUAACUUGAUAAACAGCAGCAUGGAGUGAGUCCCACA